UUUUCGAAAAUUUUUCCUGUCGACUAAUAAUUAAAUUGAACAAUUGAAAAGUCAAAUGGUGAAGAAUCGCACAUUUCUGGCGAUUAUACUCCCGGAACAUAUCGUUGCUUUCCUUCAAUUUCAUCGACAACGAAUUCUUCCAUCGAUCAACAAUUGAGACCAUCGAAGCAAAUCGAAAGACGUUGUAAAAUUACCAGCGAUUUCUCGAGUUCUGAGAGUAACUCUCUCCAUCUUCCACUAUCAUCGAGUGAAUACAAAAUGAAAACAGAACAAAGGUUUUUUUUCUAUCGAUUCUAAAAUUAAAUUAAAAUUAAAAAUCCCAAUGAAUAAAAUUUUGAAUUUAGAUGUUCGAUAAGCGAUUUUGAAAAUUCGACAAAUUCGACAUUUACGUCGUGCACUUUAUCUGGAAGACAAACUCCAAAUGGAAUGUUGAGUUCACGAAAAAUUGCCCACGAGAAAUGGAUGCUGGAAAAGGAGCAAAGAAUUUUGAAAUUAAAGGAAAAAAAGCGUCAAGCAGAGAAGAUGAAACAGGAGGAGGAGGAGAAAAUCAAGAGUGAAAAAGAGGAAAAGGAGCGUAGGGAUCAGGAAACAUUUGUCAGAUGGAUCGAGAGAAAAAAGCAUGAACAAAUCGUUAAGCAGCAAAUUUUGAGAAGAGAAUUGGAACUUCAGAAAAGACUCAAAGAUAUUGAGGAUAAGGCAGUUGUGGCAAAAACAAUUUAUCUUCGACAGUGGGCAAGGAAAAAAGAAGAUGAUCACAAGAAACAACAGAAAAAACAGCAUUUAAAAGAACAACAGAAAGAUGAGGAAAAAAAGAAGAGAGUCGAAGAAAGUAACAAAGCCUAUGGCGAGUGGCGAGAAAAAUCGAAAAUAAAACCGAAACCAGCCACUCAAGGUUUAUUACCCCAUCAAAAAGCGAGACCUGCAUUUGUAAAUCCAAAUCCUUGGCAGGAUAUAAUUGAAAUCGAUGAGAUAAAUAAGGAAUUAAUCGAGAAAAAAUAG